GUGGCAAAGCCUCCGCACCCUGGUUCUGCUGCUGUUCUGGGAAACCCCAACCCUGCUUGGCACCAGGCAGCAAGGAGAUUGCAGGCUGCAUCAUCUGGCACCAGGAGAGCUGAGCCAUCGAGGUCGGGUUGCGUGAGGAAGCAGAGGGACGACGGGGUGCUGAAGGUCUGCGUGGCUCCCUGCAAGCGGUGAGGUGCCAGCUGGAUAUCUGUGCCACAGGCAGAGCUCAGGAGGGUGUAUUGCAGCCCACUCCUUCCCCAGCCAAGCUCAGACCAUCAGACGGAGAGCAGCAACAAGACUUGCUGGGACCUGUGCUGACUCUUGCCACACAAGAUGACAGCAAGGGACGGGCCCCAAGAUAGGUACAAGGCUGUCUGGCUGAUCUUCUUCAUCCUCGGCCUGGGAACACUGCUGCCAUGGAAUUUCUUUAUGACCGCCAGGGAGUACUUCAUCAGCCGCCUUAAGGACCAGGAGGAGAUGAGCCAUGUCAGGAACCAGACCUCCCAACCCUCCUACCUGGAGUCCAUGUUUGACAACUUCAUGACUCUCUGCGCCAUGGUGCCCCUCCUCAUCUUCACCUGCCUCAACUCCUUCAUCCACCAGCGGAUUCCCCAGCAGAUUCGCAUCUCGGGCAGCCUGGUGGCCAUUGGGCUGGUGUUUUUAGUCACAGCAAUCAUGGUGAAGGUCCCCAUGGACCCUCUUCCCUUCUUUGUCUUUACCAUGAUCAGCAUCGUCUUCAUCAACUCCUUUGGCGCUAUUCUCCAGGGCAGCCUCUUUGGACUGGCAGGGCUCCUGCCUGCCAGCUACACAGCCCCCAUCAUGAGUGGGCAGGGCUUGGCGGGCACCUUUGCUGCUUUGGCGAUGAUCUUCAGUAUUGCCAUUGGUGCCCAGCAACCCGAGAGCUUCAUCGGUUACUUCACCACGGCCUGUGUGGCGAUCGUGCUGGCAAUCUUCUCCUACAUCAUUCUGCCUCGCAUGGAUUUCUUCCGAUACUACUCCAUGAAGGACAAGACAGAGUACCGUGUGUACAAUGCAGAGCUGGAGACCAAGAGAGACCUGAUUAAGAAAGAUGAGAAUGGGAUGGAGCAGAGUAACUCAAAGGUCAUCCCUAUCCACAACCCUGAUGAGAAGCCCUCCGUUGUUGCUAUUUUUAAGAAGCUCUGGGUCAUGGCUCUGUCUGUCUGCUUCGUCUUCACUGUCACCAUCGGCGUCUUUCCUGCCAUCACAGCUAAGGUGUCCACUGUCCUCGGAAAGGGAAACACAUGGGGUCUCUACUUCAUUCCUGUCUCCUGCUUCCUUCUCUUUAAUGUCUUUGACUGGACGGGACGGAGUCUCACUGCCCUCUUCACGUGGCCCGGCAAGGACAGCUGCCUCCUGCCAGUGAUGGUGGUCCUCCGUGUCAUCUUUGUCCCUCUUUUCAUGCUGUGCAAUGUGCAACCCCGUUACUACCUGCCUGUGGUGUUCUCUCAUGACGCCUGGUACAUCAUCUUCAUGAUCAUCUUCUCCAUCUCCAAUGGCUACCUGGCCAGCCUCUGCAUGUGCUUCGGGCCCAAGAAAGUGCUUGUGCAUGAAGCAGAGACAGCUGGAGCUGUCAUGGCCUUUUUCCUGUCGCUGGGCUUGGCCCUAGGAGCCGCAGUCUCCUUUCUGUUUCGAAUUCUCAUCUAGCAGAGGCACACAGAGGGUGCAGGGACACCAAGAGAUGGCUCCGCAUCCUCCUCCGAGGCCCUGGACACCUCAGCACUGUGGGAAAAUAACACCUCAUGCCUGUCCCUGCCAAAUCACACUGCCACAGCAGACGUUACACCAGGGAUGGUUCCACUCCUGCAGGGUUGGCCUGGCUCCUGCCACGCUCGGCUGUGUGACGCCUUCAGGCCUACGUGCCUUCUCCUUCCCCAUGCUGUGUGUGUCGUAAGACCCCCAGGAUCUCACAGAGGUCCAGCUGCCUCCCACACUGCAUAACUUCCCCAGCUCAAGGCCAGAAGCCAUUUUCAGCCUCUUCCUCUCUGACAGAAUGGAAGGCUGGUAUCCAGUGUUAUUCCUUCUCUUGCCCCUGUCCCCAGUGCAGCUAGAGACUUGCUCUCCUCUCCUCUCUUCCAGGGGGCCUGCAAAUAUCCCACACCCCUUCUCCUGCUGGUAAGACUUGCGAAUAGGGAGGAGACCCCCAGCCAGCCUCACUAUCCCUGCUCUCUGCUAGACGCACAUCCCUCUGUGAAGUGGUAUCCCAGGGGCAUAGACAUCUGUGUCCUGCCCACAUAAAGACCCAAUACCGUGGCCAGGCUGAGGGAGGAGGAGGUCUCCACACCCCACCUUCUCCCACUCUCCUUGCCUCUAUUCCCUUUUGUGGUUUGUUUUUUUUUUUUGUGAUUCUGCCAUUGUUUUUCAGCCUCCUGGUUGUAUGACAGGAGGUCCCACUGUGGGCUGCAAGAAGAGGCAGCAAUUCCCUUCCCACCAAGGCUGCAGGGGGGGGGCCUCACCUCUCCCUUGGCUUUCCUGUCCCUUGUCUGUGUAAAUGUGUCUGUACAGUUGCCGUUUUCUAUAAAAAGACCAAAACGUUC